UUGAGAGUUGAGAGCAUUGUCCGUCUGCUGAACUCCGCCAAGGUGGCCAUCGGUUCCAAGCUUCAGAUUCACGGCGCAGUCAACUCUAACAACACGGAGCUGGUGGUGUUCAGUGUCACGCUAACAGUUGGGGACGACUCCACUUAUGAUGCUGUCUAUGUGGACGAUCUGAACGACACCGCAAACAUACAACUGAACUUAACAGAGAGUCCAAUAACAGUUGGGAUAUCCAAACUGAAAACUUUUCCUGUUGUUUUUACAGUUCCUCCUUUUACUUCCACAAAA